CUUUUUCUUCUCUUCCUUCUUUUGCUUUUUUAUCAUUUUUGUUUUUCAAGACCUUUGACAUUGCAAACAUCAUUAUCACUAGAAUCAAAAACGCACUUCAAGAGUAAUACCUCUAUCAAUAUGCAAGCAAAUGAAAAACACGAACUACCUAACCAGAAAAAACAUUUGUCGCACGUAACGCCGCUACCCAAGCAGUCCAUUGUAUUUCGACCGAUGGAUCAGGCUGAAUCAGAUUCGUCAUUCAGUCAGUACAUUGAUCGUCAAUUCCAACCUUACUCUGCUGUUUUGCACAAGCGGGCUUCGUUACCUCCCGAGCAAACCAAGAGUAUAUCGCCAGCAUCCAUGCAGUGCCAGCAACAGCAACAUCAGCAUAAGGCGAUUGAAACUACAGAACAACAAGCAAAAACAAAACCAACGCCACCACUACAGUCAGCAUCAAACAAUACCCGAGCCUUUGAUUAUGAUGAUGAAGAGCGAGCUCGACAACAACAACAGCAGAUUGCAGACCCGUGGUGGGUGCUAAAAAGUGACGAAGAUGGAAUUUUCUCGAUUGGAAUUUUGCUUUUUCUCUUUGGGUUUAUCUUCCCACCGCUAUGGUGGAUCGGUGCAUGUUGGCCAAGACAUCCGAGGGAACGCGCAGGCAAAAUGGCUGAGCGAUGGCAAAAGCUGAAUCUGAUUAUGUCGCUCAGUUUUAGCGUGAUAUUAAUCAUUGCGCUUAUCAUCGUUGCUGUCAUAUACAGUCGAAUGAAAUAACAUUCGGUUCCGGGCUUUUACUGCUUUUAUCUAUUUCUCGUGUACUACCCCCCUUUGUUCCUCUUCAUCGCCCCUUCCCUCAUCCAAAUUCAUCCUUGUUCAGUGUAUGUAUUAUACCACCCUUUUUUCAGUCUCUUCCAUAUUGCGUUGUUAUUCUUUCAUCACUGCUAGUUAUGACAUAAUAAGCAAUUUGUCACUGCAAUCUGUAAAAGUUUUCUUUUCUUUCCGCUUAUCAAUAUUCGAAUACCAGUAUUAUCCUUUAAUAGAACUUGUG